AGCGGGCGGCGACUGCUGCUACGCUCGGUGACAACCCCUCUGAGCUGCGGAGCUAGCACCGGUUAGCCCGCCGCCGUUCCGAUUAACACACACACACACACAAACAACACAAGUCGCAGCCAUGGCGGCCGAGAACGACAAGGUGGAACCCGCGGACAGCGACGAGGAAGAAGACCAGUACGAGGUGGAGAGGAUCAUUGACAUGCGCGUGGAGGAGGGUGAAGUGCUGUACAGGGUGCGCUGGAAGAACUACUGCUCUGACGAUGACACGUGGGAGCCGGAGGCUCAUUUGGAGGACUGUCGCGAAGUCCUCUUGGCCUUUAAGAAGUCCAUGGCUGAACUGAAGGCCAAGAAAGAGGCAGAAGCCAAGAAGAGCGUGAAACCGCUGCCCACAAAGAACGAAGUAUUCGACGCCGACUCGGAGGACGACAGCGACAAAGACCGACCGACUCAGUCGCCCUCCAAGAAGAAGAAAAAGAAGAAGACCAGAGAAGAAGACGAACCGUCUCCGAAGGACAAAAAGAAGAAGAAGAAAGACAAACGACCGGACGAGGUCAGGCCUAUGCCCGCGCCAGAGACGGAUAACGAAGAAGACGAGGAGAGGCCCUCGGCUCCACCCUCACCUUCCAAGGAGAAAAAGGUUGAUCUAAAAAAACGCGUGUUUGAGUCCGAAGGGGAGGACGACGAUGAGCAGCCUGUUCCCUCCAAAAAACACAAGAAGGAGAAAGGGAAAGACGGAGGGAAGCAUAAGAAAGAAAGGGUAGAGGAGGGGAAGAAAAAGAAAGCGAAGAAGGAGCGGAAGAUCGAAACCUCUGAGGAUGAGGCCACUGCGCCCCUGGAUGACGACCUGAGCGACGGCCCGUCAGAGUCGCAAAUGGAUGAUACCACGUCCACGAAGUCGGCCGAGAAGGCCCGUUUGGAUGAGAAGUCGAAACUGAAGAAGGGCAAGUGGGAGGUAAAGCUCCAGGGCAUUAAGGACCUCAUCCAUGACAAAAAGAGCAAAAAGACAGAUGGCGCCCAGAAAGAGAGCAGCCUCCAAAAGCUGAAGAGCCUCACCUCAAAAAGCAAGGACGAGAACGCCCCGCUCUCGGACUCCAGUGAUAGCUCCACGCUGCAUAAGAAGGCGAAGAGCAAAGGGCAGGACGGUGCGUCAGCGCCGCUCCGAGUCCCGUCUUCCUCCACGUCGUCAUCGUCCUCGUCUUCGGUUAACGUGGCCCCCAGGAGCAAGGAUGACGAAGUGGUCAAAGAGGAGGUGUUGGGACAGAAGGACCCCACGGGUUCCACCAACCUCUUUGAAAAGUUCCUGUUGAACUGCGAGGCCAAGGACCGCGCCCCCCGUCGGCAGCCGGCUCAUCCGCCUCCUGCAGAGAAGAGCAGCAGCAAACCAGCAAAGGUUCAAGGAAAGAUUGACAAGAGCUCCAAGCCAACCAAAGAGUCUCCAGCUCAGAAAGCAGAGCCUGAGAAGACGGAGAGGACCAAGCAAUCAGAUGGCCCCAGACCCGGCCAGAGUUACGGCUUCAACCUGGACAGCGACGAGAGGGAGGGAGAAGAAACCGCGGCAAAGACGAGGUUGGGGGAGGAUUCUCGGGAGCGGAGGGAGAGGCCGGAGGAGCCACAGCGGCCCAGCUGGGAAAGGAGAACCUCGACAGAUGACAGGAGGAAAAGGCGAGAGGACAGUGAGCCCAGACUCUUCAUGGCUUGUGACGACACUAAGGACGCGCAGGAGCAACCAGAGGGCGCUGACAAAUCUGACAAGGGCCAGGCCACGCUGAGUCUCGGAAUGGACCUCAACCUGGACUGGAUGACUCUGGACGACUUCCAGAAGCAUCUGAACGGAGAGGAUGAGAUCCUGUCGGGUCCACCGUUAUCACCCAGCGAGCUGCGGGACGCUGUGAAAUGUGGCGAUUACAUGGCUGUGAAAUUGGCCCUAAAUUCCAAAGAGGACUACAAUCUUGACCAAGAGGCAUGUACUAUUGGUGAGAAGAGGUCAUUUGAAGGAGAGAGGAGCUUGAUUGAAGAGAAGAGUUCGAAUGAUGCUCUUAGGUUCACUGCUAACCUUGACAGUGCAAGGAAUGAAGAGGGCACUCCAAGAGUAAAAGGGAAUAUUCCACAAGAUAUGGAUUGUCCAAAAGAUGUUGAAGGAAUAGCAUUUUGCCCUGCUGGUAGAAACGCCGAGCAAGUGGCAAUGAGUGAACAUGAAAACAUCCAAAAUGGAGGGAACGGUAUAACUGAAUUAAAAAACCCUGCUUGUGAUUCAGCCACCAAGCAAGUAACGGACGACCUGAGGCUAGCGGAGGAAGAGGAGAUGUUGGAUGACACAAAAGGUGCCUUAUCAAGUGAAAUGAGUUUGGAUGCAGAAUGGAUGCUGACAAGGGAUGAGGAAAAAACAGAGCCUAAGGGCAUAGCUGACAAACAAUGUUCCCCUGAGGAAGCAAAUGACUCGUAUGAUGAGGCAGACGACAUGGUGGCAGGUCAUUUAGAUAGUACAGAACAAGUUCUCUCUGAGCUGGCCACAACGGAUAUUGCUAAAAGGCGAUCGCGGCGCUGCGUGAAAACUUUUGAGAAGAAAGAACCAACACGAUCAAGCCUAAGGACCUGUAAGAAAGUGCUUGAACCAACGCCCGGCACUUUAGAUGAUGAGAAAAAAGAGACAUACAAGAAGCACUUCUGUUUAUAUUGUAAAAUGUCUUUCACCCAACUUACAAAGCAUUUGGAAAGGAGGCAUGCAGAUGAAACCGAUGUCGCCCAUGCAAUACACUUCCCCAAAGGUUCCAAAGUCAGACAGUCUUUGCUUGACCAAAUACGCAAUAAAGGAGAUUAUGAACAUAAUUGCCAUGUUCUCAAAAGUGGCGAAGGGGAAAUUGUGACCAAGAAACAGGUGAAAAGUCCCACCAUAUCUGUUCGUGACUUCCUGCCCUGCCAGCACUGCUUUGCUUUUUAUCGCAAAACUGAUUUAUGGAGACAUGAGCGGUCAUGUAAGGCCAGAAAGGGAGAUCAGAAAUCGACUGAAAGGUCGAACAGAGUCACCAGUGCCGCCUCUCGGCUGCUUCCAACGUCAGAGUUCUUAACUGGAGGCUGCGAGGAAAUCAUCCAUAUCAUGCAUCAAGAUGAUAUCUCAAAGCAUAUCAGAAAUGACCCACUUAUUUGUAAAUAUGGCAACGCGUUGUCUGUAAAGUAUGACCACGACAAGUCUCAGUUUGCCUAUAUUGCACAAAAGAUGAGGGAACUGGGUAGAUUUGUGCUAGCUGUAAAUGAGCUUGACAACAGUGUAAAGUAUUUGCAUGAAGUUUGUCUACCGUCCAAAUUUGCAUUGGCUGUUGAAGGGGCCAAAAAAGCUAGCGGUUUUGAUCCCAGUUCCAGUAAGUUCAAAACGGUUUCCCUCAUCUCAAAGCUUGGCUACUCUUUGAAACGAGCUGCGGAAAUAGCUUUUGGUGAAAGUCGCAUGACGGAGGACAGUGAAACCGAAAGUGAAGUGAAAAAGUUCAUACAGCUUCUCGAUACAAAAUGGAAUGAGUGCUUUUCUCGUAAAGCUCUUGCGUUAUCUCUAAAGCAAGAUGUAAAAAAAGUCGAAGUGGACAAAUCAACUGUCACAGAAGAUUUGAUAAAACUACACAGGUAUAUCGCAGGGGAGGAAGAUGAAGCCAGGAAGGAGCUGAAAGAAAGUCCAAGUUUGUCAACAUGGAGAAAGCUCAGUGAGGCCACUCUAGCAGACGUUUGUCUAUUCAACAGAGGAAGGGUAGGAAAUAUUGGUCGAAUGCUCUUGGAAACUUACACUUGCAAAAAGAGUACUGGGGCAUUUGUGCCCUCUGCAGAUCAGAUAAGGAAAAGCACAAAAUUGGAGCUGGACCUUGGUGCCUUUUACACAAGGUUGGAACUCGAAGGUCAGUAUGGAAGGAACAUGCUGGUUCUGCUAACGGAAAGGAUGGUGUUGUCAAUCGACUUACUCCUUGAAAAUCGAGACCAAGCGGGUGUGUCAAAAACGAAUCCAUACCUGUUUGCACGGACUGAAGGUCCGUCCUUCAUCAGAGGAUUGGAUUGUUUCCGAAGGGCUGCGGUGGAAUGUGGAGUUAAAAACCCAGAGGCCCUUCUGUCCUCGUCGUUAAGAGAGCAGAUUGCCAGCUGCUGGCAGCUAAUGAGCCUAGAUGAGCGUGAAUUGGACCAAGUAGCCAAGCUGGUGGGACAGAGCAGCGAGGAGUGUUUACGACUCGCAAGAAAUGCAUCACAGCUGGAGGAAGUGAGCAAACAACUGCUCAAGAUGGAUCGCUCACUGCCAUCCACAAGUCCGCCCACCUCUGCAAUUGAUGGAACCUCACCGAAGCAAGCUUUAAAGAGAAGACCUUGGAGUGACGAGGAGCAAGCUGCAGUGAAACGUUACUUGAGUGAUUUUAUUACAAGUAUGAAGGUUCCAGGCAAAAAGCAAUGCAAUGCUUGCAUAGCUGCUGAACCAGAUCUUCGUGGAAGAUCUUGGACAGACGUCAAAAACUAUGUACACAACACACUACAGACAAUACGGAGGAGAAGUAACCAGCCGACAUCUGAAGGGAAUGUAAACAUGAAUCCAAAGAGUCCUAGAGCUGGAGGUCAAACCACAAAGAAAAAUUUGGAACAUGAAAAUGUUGUCUGUACUUUGACAACAGUGCACCCAGAUCACCUUACAGAAAGUUCAAACUGCUGUAUGACAAUGGGUCCGCCGACAAACUUGAGAGAAUCAUCAACACCGUUCCCCGAAGAAAUGACUUCAAGUUAUGCAUCCUUGAGUUCCAGUUGUACAAAUAUGGUCCACACAAGUCAACAAUUGAUUUCUUCGUUCACGCCAUUGAAUGCUACUGAUACACAAGUAGUUCCUACAUUUACUCCACACAACACUACAAAUGCACUAAUGCCUCCUGCAUACACUUCAGAGAACAACCAUAUUCUGCCAAUGUCAUCUUCAUAUACACAGAAUAUUGCAAUGAUGCAACCUACUUCUGUGUACACAACACAGGACACUACAAGUGCAGCUAUGAUUCCUAAUUUUAACCCGCUAAAUGCUCCGAGUACCUCAAUGGUUCCAACAUUCACAACACUAACUACCCCAAGUGCACAAAUAAUGCCUACAUAUUCCCCACUCAACGAUAGUAGGCCUCUUGUUUCUUCGUUCACAGCUCUGAACCAUUCAGGUACCUCAUCUUACCCUACAGGCCCACCUAGGGCCCCAACAACUGCACAGGUUGUCCCAACAAUCCUUGGACACAGUGCUCCUGAAAGAGCAUCAGUGGUACAGGAAGGUACACCCAUGUCCACCGCAGUAAAACGAGCCAAUCCAGCUGUCAAAACUCAAAAGAGGAACAAGAGGUUGUGGAGUGAGCAGGAACAGGCGGCAGUGAGGCGUCAGUUUGGAGACUUCUGCAAACUGGUCAAAGUGCCAGGCAAAAAGGAUUGUGACGCGUGUUUAGCUGCUGAACCUGCCUUGAACAGCAGGACGUGGAGAGAAGUCAAGUAUUUUGUACAUAACUCAAUUCAGUCGAUGAAAAGAAGAGGGCUUGCAGUUGCCUCCAAACAAAGUGAACCCCAAGACUCAACCAUAGAACCAGAGACUCAAAAUUUAACCACAGAUUGGGAUGGUCCUGUCUAUCUGUCCCUGUGAAUGUUUGUAAUGGACAUGCUGCACAACAAAUUGGUGUGAUCAGUGACACUCUGGAGUUGUUUUAGCACUGUGGCUUUAACCUCACAUAUAAUACGGGGAUCGAAAAAAAAUUCAGCAGAUGUGAAUUGUAAUAUAUAGUGUCGUGAACCUUGGUCUCAGUAGCCACAUGGAUCUUGACAACAUGUACAGACUGGCCUGCCAUUCUUUAAACCACACAUUUGACAAAGAUCCUGAAGUAUUCAGACUCAAGUCCAACCAGAUCAAGCUAUUGGUGUACUGUUGCAUGAAUAUACACUAAAUGUGUGGAAUUUAAAGACAUUUGUACUGUAGCUUUGGCUCAGAAAAAAGCUGAUCUUAAUGUUUAAUAUGUUUAGAUUGCGUAUACAUAUGUAACACAGUCGAUUAUAUAAUGUGUCAAUUUGUAAGGUCAUCACAGGUUAUCAUGAGGAAGUCUUCUAAUUUAGAUUUUUGAUCAUUUCGUAAACGUGAAACUCCGUGGCACUUAAUCACAGAUUUCAAACAAUAUUCAUGAAAACAGCAAUGGUAGCAAUGGCUGAAUUGUUUAGGAUUACCCCAGGAAGCAUGACCAGCCCAUUUUCCAACCUGCAAAGGUAGUCUCAUGUACAUUUGUACCGUUAUUGACUUUAAAACUUACUUAGACAUCAAUCCGUCUGCCUGCACUGUUUUCAGUAGCAUUUUUAAAAUAAAUCUCAAUUAUCUAAACCUACCAGCAAAUCUUGCAGCCACUCCCCCAUAACAUGAUAGAUGUAGGUUGACUUGCUUUCUUGAAUGCCUGAUCCAAGUGUUACUAUAUUCUUGCUUUAGCCAGUAGCCUAUAUCAUAGAUGGCCCCUGAUAAGCCUGCAGCAGUAAAGGUAUACUUUACUUGUGGAUGUUAGAGAAUUAGCAGCUCAGUGUGUAUAUCUCUCAUUUAUAUAUUACAAAAUGUGUUGAUUUUUUUCUUUGAGAAUCCUGUUUAUAAGUGCUCGUUAUAUUUUAUUUUUUCUUAUUCAUGUUUAUUAACAAGCUGCAGAAAGGUUUGGUUGUAUUUUUGUAUCACUUUACAGCAACUGUAUAGAACAUUUUAGUACUUAUUGAUAUUUGAUUUACUCUAAUUUAAGGUAAAAUACACUGCAUUGGUCUAUUUUUUGUUUUAACUCUGUUUUAAUCUUUUAUUAUCUGGAUGUUUGUGACAUUAAUAUCCAGCUGCCAAGAUCAGAUUCGCCUUAGUUUUGAUGAUUUGCUCAAUUCAUACGUGUUGAUUGUAUCAAACACACAUCGUAGUACAUCAAGUACGAUCUUGAUACAUUUCGUCAAGUGAGUUAAUCAUGCUAUUAGUAUUGAUUUGUAAACUCACUGUUUUAAGGUCAUGUUUGAAGAAGUGAGGCACGAUUCAAAUUGCAACAGUUAAGGGAAAAAAAACUUUUUAAAUUGCAUAGCCUACACCACAUUUUUAAAUAUAAAAGGGUGGAUAUGGACAGGUGCAAUCACACAUAACAUACCACACAUUAAACACAAGUUAACAAGUUUUGUCAUCUUUGGCUAAAAAUACAAAAUAAAUGACAUUUUAUUUUAAGAGGCAUUUAGUUGAUAUCUUAUCUACAACCCUUGUUGAAGGUUCGAAACCGAAUGUGUACAAAAUGUAACACAGGUUCAACCUGCAUUUACUCUAAGUAGUUUUAAUUUCAGAAAUUGGUCAGUGCUGUGUUCAUUUUACAAUAUUGUAAUAUUCAACAAGAGCUCUUGAAGGUGUGUUGUUUUCUUUUGUUAGGACACGUAAAGAGAAUAUUCAACCACAUGCAGCCAACAGACAUUUUCACAAUUUUCUUAGUGAUGAAAAGUUGUUGGAAGUUAUGGUCAAAGAAUUUUAGACGGAACUGCCGCCAAAAACUUUUGUGUGAUCCUCAGUAGAGGCUGUAGAGGAGCAACCAUUGUGUUUACCCUUUCACACUAAAUGCAUUAGUGUCGACCUGGGUCAGUUAACCCUUCACGACCAAUGGCAAACAAUUGGUGUGUUACGUACAUUUGCACCCCAGAUACAGUUGUAUUUGGACAAUUGCUGUCGGUCUACAAAUGAGAGAUGAGUGGUUCUGACACUACCGUCGCUGUUUGAUGUCGCAGAACAAUGUUCUUUCUUUUAUAGUAGACGGCUUUUCUUUUAUUACUAUUGUAUACACAGUGCUUAUUACUCCUCAUCAUGUUGUAAUUAUGUUGCCUUCGGUUAAUCCUUAUCAAGUAUUGUGAGGGGCCUCUGCUUGUACAAUAAAAAUGUUCCUUGGCUUGAAA